AUGCGUGGGAUCAGCAAGGAGCGACUCCGAAGCGAUCUUAGGGUCAUUGGCUACUGUCUCAUUGUCGGUUUAGGGGCUACAGCCUUUGGUUUUGAUCAAGGUCUCACGUCUGGCUUUUUGGCAAUGCAAGCGUAUAACAGAAGCUUUGGAUACUACAAUGAAGCAAUCGGAAAAUAUGCCAUGACUGCAGGAAGACAAACAUCACUCAGUGGUGUUUUGACUGGUUUCAUCCUCAUUGCUGCCAUGGUCGCGGGUCCCAUUGGUUCCAAGUUUGGCCGCAAGGCUGGGUUCAUUAUUACCUGCAUUGUUGGCCUGAUCGGUUCUUGCAUCCAGAUGAUUCCGCACUUUGCAGCAACCCUUGUCGGCAAGGCCUUUAUGGGAUUGGCAAUCGGUUUCACAGGACAGUUCUGUAUUCCGUACUGGUCGGAGGCAGCUCCAGUGUACCUCAGGGGUUCCAUUGUGAUCUUUUACCAGUUUUUCAUUAACAUUCCGACCUUCAUUGGUGCAUGUGUGGACCAGGGCACUUACAAGAUCUCGUCCAACUUGGCAUACCAAAUACCGCUUAUCUGCACGCUACUAGCGCCGUUGGUCUUGUUGUCUCUGAUCUACUGGCUCCCUGAAUCUCCCCGUUGGCUCGUCACCGCAGGCCGUAUCGACGAAGCCAAAGCUUCCCUCAUGAAGCUCCGUGGCCAACAUGCUCAAAGGGAAGAGCUCGACAAUGAGAUGAAGAACAUUGUCAACUUCAUAGAAUUGGAGAAGCAAUACGAAACAUCGGCCUCUUAUAUGGACUGCCAACAGCUGGUUGGUGUUGCUUUCCUUUCAGGCUACUCAACCUAUUUCUUCCAGACCGUAGGUGUCAGCAACGCGUUCCUCGUUACGGUCAUUCUCAACAUGUGCUCUGUCGUUGCCGUUCUCCUCUCCUUUGUCGCCAUCAACUAUAUUGGCCGCCGGCCGCUGAUGAUCUGGGGCGCCGGAAUCAUGGGCGUCUGCAUGUUCUCUUUUGCGGCCGUGGCUGAGGCACAUCCAAAUAGCACUGCCGCAGCCUCCUUCCUCAUUUUCUGCAUUUGCCUGUUCUCCUUCACGUACACUUUCACCUGGGGCUCUGCUAGCAAUAUUCUCCUGGGAGAGAUCCCAGCCAAUCGACUCCGAUCCAAAACCAUCUCCAUCGCCGCGUCGGCGUCGUGGAUAGUAUGUGUCCUUGUAUCUACAGGCAUGCCAUACCUACUUUCAGCUCAGUACGCCGACAUGGGCACCAAAGUAGGCUUCAUCUUCGGGCCUAUCGGUAUUGUUGUCUUUAUUCUGACUUGGUGGAUCGUCCCGGAGACCAAGGGCCGCACGUUGGAAGAGAUUGAUGAGAUGUUUAUGAACCGCGUCCCUACACGACAGUUCAAGACUUAUGUCUGCACCGGAAACGUUAACGGCAUCGAUGUGAAUACUAUUACAGAGAAUCAGAAAGGUCAACCUAUGUUGGAGAUUACUCACAUCGAGAAGGGUCGAUCAUAA